CGUUCGCCUUGCGUUCCCGCUCACUCCGGAUGCCCUCGCUGGAAGUGCGUCCGAGCCAUGGCCACUGCCAAUCCCUGGGACCCGGCAUCCGCGCCUAAUGGCGCUGGGCUAGUGCUUGGCCACUUCAUAGCUUCGGGGAUGGUCACUCAGGAGAUGUUAAAUAUGUCUAAGAAAACAGCUUCUUGUUUUGUGAACUUCUCCAGAUUACAGCAGAUCACAGAUAUUCAAGCUGAAAUCUACCAGAAAAACCUGGAAAUUGAACUCCUGAAACUAGAAAAAGAUACAGCAGAUGUUGUUCAUCCUUUCUUUUUGGCUCAGAAGUGUCAUACUCUGCAAAGCAUGAAUAAUCAUUUGGAAGCAGUGCUGAAAGAGAAGAGAUCCCUUAGACAAAGACUGUUGAAACCCAUGUGCCAGGAAAACUUACCUAUUGACGCUGUUUAUCACAGAUAUAUGGUACAUUUACUGGAGUUGGCUGUGACUUUCAUUGAGAGAUUAGAAACCCACCUUGAAACAAUUAGAAAUAUUCCUCAUUUAGCUGCAAAUCUAAAGAAAAUGAGCAAGGCUUUAGCAAAGAUGGAUAUUUUGGUGACUGAGACAGAAGAAUUGGCAGAGAAUAUACUCAAGUGGCGUAAACAACAAAAGGAAGUUUGCUCUUAUAUCCCCAAAAUAUUAGCUGAAGAAAAUUAUCUUUAUAAACAUGAUAUUAUAAUGCCUCCUUUACUUCUUACUUCUAAAGUUCAUGUCCAAUCUGUUAAUACCAAAUAAUCAUCAACUUCAUUUUUGCUUAAUUAUGUGUAAUCAUAUGAAGUCUAUUUCGAAUUGACUAUAUAACAUGGUUAUUAAUAGUCUUUGCUGCUAGUAAUACUGAAAGAACCUGCUUUAUAUUAGAGUGUCAAGAUCUCAGGUUCAUUAAGACCAAACUGACUUUUCCUUUGUUUUUCAUAUAUUUUCAUUCUACUUUUCAGUAAAACUAGAGAAGAUUAAAAAAUAGCCAUGACAAUUUAUUAACAUAAGUGAACUAACCAUUUCUCAGGCAGAAAAUUCUCUAUUAUGUCUUUUUUAAAAAAUGUGUGUUUAUAGCAGGCUGUGAUGGCUCACACCUGCAAUCCUAAUAAGUUGGGAGACUGAGGCGGACAGAUGGCUUGAACCUUGGAGUUCAAGUCCAACUGGGGUAACAUAGUGAAAUCCCAUAUCU